GGUUAGAUGAUGCCUUCAAUGCCAGUUAAAAAAGCACGUCAAACAAAUCAGGUUUUCUUUGUAUUCCGGUCUUAUUCCGAGUUUUACUUCCGGGCCGCGAAUUUUCUUCAUACAUCGCGGAUAAAGUGUCAUCGUGGACGGCACAUCCAGAAAGUUGAGAAGGAAAGUCCUGAGCGGGCGGGCGGUCGCAGUGAGUGCAGUCGACUUGCUAGGACGUUGUCAACCGGAGAAAACGGAACAACAACAUCAACAAAGAGACGAGUGUUGUCAGUCUUGAUGUAGGACGUCGAGCGACAACGGUGCAGUCUGUUCGUCUGCCUGCCUGCCUGCCUGCCUGCCUUCCUGCCUUCCUCCUGACCCGUGCGUCGGCACGAUGGAGAAGCCUCCGUUCCGACACAGCAACCACAAGUGCGGCGACUGGGAGUUGAAGGAGCGGCUGGGAAUGGGGGGCUUUGCCCACGUUUACCUGUACCAGCAUCACGUGAGCGGCGACAAGCUGGCGGUAAAGAUGUGCCGACUGGAACUGACGCCCAGGAACAAGGACCGCUGGAGCCGAGAGAUCCAGAUCAUGAAGAAGUUGAACCACAUCAACGUAGUGACGGCGCGAGACGUCCCCGAAGAAAUCAACUUGAUCGCCUUGAACGAUCUGCCGCUGCUCGCCAUGGAGUUCUGCUCGCACGGCGACCUCCGCAAGGUUCUGAGCAGGCCGGAGAACUGCUGCGGUCUGAAGGAAAGCGACGUCCUGGCUCUGCUCAACGACGUCGGUUCCGGCAUCCGGUACCUGCACGAAAACAAGAUCAUCCACCGCGACCUGAAGCCCGAGAACAUCGUGCUGCAGGAAGUCAACGGCAAGCUGGUGCACAAGAUUAUCGACCUGGGCUACGCCAAAGACUUGGACCAGGGCAGCCUGUGCACGUCCUUCGUGGGCACGCUGCAGUACCUGGCGCCCGAGCUGUUUGAGAACAAAGCGUACACGGUCAGCGUGGACUACUGGAGCUUCGGGACCAUGAUCUUCGAGUGCAGCUGCGGCUUCAGGCCCUUCCUGCACAACCUGCAGCCGGUGCAGUGGGCCAGCAAGGUACGCAACAAGGGGCCCAAGGACAUCAUGGCAGUGGAGGAAGCCAAUGGAGAAGUGCGCUUCUCCACGCAUCUGCCGUACCCCAACAAUCUGAGCAGGACGCUGCUGGAGCCCAUGGAAGCGCUGUUGCAGCUGAUGCUGAAGUGGGACCCCGUCCACAGGGGAGGCGGCGUCCACCCCGAAAGCAAGAAGCCGCUCUGCUUCGACCUCCUGGAUCAGAUCCUCGCCAUGAAGGUAGUGCACGUCCUUAACAUGACCACGGCCCAGGUGCAUUCCUUCCGGCUGGCGCCCGACGAGUCGCUGCACGCCCUGCAGAAACGCGUGGAGGCGGAAAGCGGGAUCCACGUGGCCCACCAGGAGCUGCUGCAGGAGACGGGCGUGUCCCUGGACCCCCGCAAGCCGGCGGCGCAGUGCGUCCUGGACGGCGUGCGAGGGUGGGACGCCUACAUGGUGUACCUGUUCGACAAGAGCGCCAGCGAGUACUCGGGUCCGUUGAGCGCCAGGCAGCUGCCCGAUAAGGUCAACGCCAUCGUCCAGGAGGCUCGGACGCCGAUGCCGCUGGCCGUUCUGAAGAAGGUCUGGGCCGAGGCGCUCAGCUACAUCUGCGGCCUGAAGGACGACUACAGCCGCCUGUUCCAAGGCCAGCGCGCCGCCAUGUUGAGUCUCCUGCGUUACAACACCAACCUGACGCGCUGUAAAAACAGCAUGUUCGGGUUCUCCCAGCAGCUAAAAGCCAAGCUGGACUUCUUCCGUAGCAGCAUCCAGUACGACCUGGAAAAGUACAGCGACCAGAUGCACUACGGCAUCUCGUCGGAGAAGAUGCUGAAGGCCUGGCAGGAGAACGAGGAGCGAGCGGCCGCCUUUGCUCAGGUGGCGGAGGUGAGCCACCUGGACGACGAGAUCAUGGCUCUGCACUCGGAGAUCGUGGAGCUGCAGCGGAGUCCUUACGCGCGGCGCCAAGGAGACAAGAUGGAGCAGCUGGAGGAGCGAGCCACGGAGCUCUACAAGCAGCUGAAGAUGAAAUGUAAAGUGCCGGACGCGGACCUGAGCGGCGACAGUUCGGAGAUGGUCAAGGCCAUUGUCCAGACGGUGAAAAACCAGGACAAGGUGCUGAAAGAUCUCUACGCGCACCUCAGUAAGAUCCUGAGCAGCAAACAGAAAAUCAUCGACCUGUUCCCGCGUAUCGAGAAGACCUUAGAGAGCAUCAAAGAAGCGGACAACACCGUCAUGCAGAUGCAGAUAAAGCGCCAGCGGGAGUUCUGGCACCUCCUCAAGAUCGCUUGCGCGCAGAACUCCACGCGAGACUCCUCGGCGGCCGGUCCCGAGUCGGCCGACCUCCCUCCGGCGUCCCGGUGGGGCCGGUCGGCCCCGCCCGCCGGCGCUCCUCAUCCGCUCACCUCGCUGCCGGGACCCGACGACAGUGACGCCGCACCCCGCCUGCUGCAGGAAACCCAGAAAUACCUGAGUCACUUGAACAGCCUCAUGCAGGAAGCGGCGGACGAGCAGGCCAAAAGCAUGGUGGAUCAAGACUGGAGUUGGACCAAGUACGAGACAUUAAGCGGCAAAUUAAAGAAGAGGAACGCGUGAGAGGACGGGUGACCUUUGAACCUGAGAGGUGCCGGUCAUUUUCUUCGACCUUCACGUGACGUCGGGCUUCGGCGUUAACCCUCUCUGUGCCGUUCCACGUCAAUUGAAAUGAGUUUGUCACUAGUAAAUGUCCGUUCAACUCAUGAGUUUAUCACUUGGAGUUUGUCCUCUAGUAAUAAACUCAAGAGAAUGAACGAAUGGCCCGGGCGCGGCCAUGUUGGUAGGGGCAAUGUUCACGCAUUGACAUUUAAAUGAAGUUCAUUCUCAAGCCAACUUUGCCACGGGCAGCGCUAGGCGUCCCGUCCAUUUGAAGCGGGAGGGGUUGCCGUCUACUAGCGAUAAACUCAUCUGUCGGUCGCGCCCCAGGCCAGAGGGAAAACACAUUUUACGACGAGUUACCAAAACAGUCGGCCGGGAAACGGAAAGUCACAACGGCGACGGAUCCCAAACUUUCACGGACCGAUCGACGACGGCGCGCCGGGACCGAGCGAACGCGUCGCUAGCGCUGCGCGUUUGACAAAAACACGUCUGGCAGAAAAAUCCUUUUAAUUUAACGGAUUGUUUUUCAAGGCGGAAUAAAAGAAAUGGAUGCCG